AUGUCUCAAUUCACUCUUUUGGCCAACUUGGAUCUAUCGAUCAAGAACCCUACAGUCCGUGUUAAGGUGAUCAGUAAGUGGAGGGUGAAUUCACCAUCAAGAAUUCACAAAAAACAAGUUCUUUUCUGUGAUGAGAAAGGAGUAACAAUCGAGGGUACCAUUCAUGAGGCUUUCCCUAAGUCAUUUGAAACCAUUAUGAAUGAAGGUGAAUGGUUUGGGAUUACUAAUUUCAAAUUAGAACACAGUUUCGGCAGAAGUGAGCCAACUACGCACUGCAACUACUAUGCGUUCAAACCAUUUGGUUCAAUUAUCCGUGGUCUUGCUCAUCCAAUGUACUGUAUUGACUUAUACGGAGCGCUGGUUGGUGUUGGGUCGCUUGAAACAUAUGUAUUACAAGGCGAUGGAGUUGGGGAUAAUUCUCUGGACAACAAAUUGGUCUUCUCCCUGAUAAACCCUGAAUUCAUUCAAAUAAAAUGUAUUGCUUAUGGAAGUACUGCUAGAGAACUAUAUGCUUAUUGGUCAUCCAUAAGGGCUAAUGUUGUUUUGUGUGUUUUAACAUUCUGGCAAAUUGAGUGGGGUGAAGGUGGCUUUAGGUUCAUGACAAACCUGGAAGGAUGUUCAAAGAUUAUGUUUAACCCAAGCAUUCCGGAAAUUGAAGCUUUCAAGAAGAAGAUUCCAGCAAUAGCAUUUUGA